AUGGAUAGGCGGAUGAUCGCACAUACUCUGUCUUCUCGCAGCGAACCUGGUGAAGCUUCUGUUGGCAUAGCUUCGACGGCCACUGAGGUGAUACACGGGGCGCAACUUGUUAGCAGAUCACCAAUCACCAGGCGACACGGUGACAGCGCUACGGAGCGAGCUGCCCCCAGCAUCAUGUCUGUCGCCUUCGUAUCAGUGCCUGUCGAUUUGUCGUGUUUGUACUCACACUUUAAACCGGCGCUUGAAGCAAGCCGUAGUCGAAGGCUAAAGGUUAACAAGCGCCAGCUGAAGGCAAACCGACCGACAAGCGUGUUAGCCGAGCGGAACAGACGUCUGUCUGCGGGUGUCGACACGACGACCGACGAACGACGACCAAACAAACGGACGGGCGAGUGUAAGUCGCACAGGCCUGGUUUAAAGUGCGGUGGCGGUGGCAGCGGCGGCGGCGGCGGCAGCGGCAGCGACAGCGACAGCGACAGUGGUAGCAGAGUCCGAAGAGGUAGCGUGCAUGGUCGAGUUUAA